GAGAAUUUAAAACUUAUUUAAUUUCAUUUUUGGUUGAUUUGAUUAUUCUCUCACUUUCAGUUUGCUCUAAUUUGGAGUUAGACGCGGAUCUGUGAGAUCUAGAGGAGGAAGAAGAAGAAGAAGACAAUGGCAUCCAUGGGGUCAGGACCAGAUCAUCUAUUCAACCUGAGAAACAACUUUUACCUGGGUGCGUUUCAAGCGGCGAUCAACAACAGCGAGAUCCCUAAUCUUUCGCAGGAGGAUAUCGUCGAGCGCGAUUGCCUCGUCCACCGCUCUUACAUCGCUCUCGGUAGCUACCAGCUUGUCAUCAAUGAGAUCGACGAAGCGUCCGCUACUCCUCUGCAGGCUGUCAAGCUCCUUGCUAUGUAUCUAUCGAGUCCUGAAUUUAAGGAAUCAAGCAUUUCAAGCUUGAAGGAAUGGUUGGCAGAUCCAACCGUAGGAAACAAUGCUACUAUUCGUUUGAUUGCUGGUACUAUAUUCAUGCAUGAGGAAGACUAUAAUGAGGCUCUGAAACACACUCAUUCUGGAGGAACCAUGGAUUUGCAUGCUUUGAAUGUCCAGAUAUUCAUAAAGAUGCAUAGAUCAGAUUACGCAGAGAAACAGCUGAGAGUGAUGCAACAGGUUGAUGAAGACCACACACUCACUCAACUCGCAAGCGCAUGGUGGAACCUGGCAGUAGGAGGUUCCAAGAUACAGGAAGCUUAUCUAAUCUUCCAGGAUUUCUCUGAGAAGUACCCAAUGACAAGCUUGAUCUUGAACGGCAAGGCAGUUUGCUGCAUGCAUAUGGGUAAUUUCGAGGAAGCCGAGACUCUACUGCUUGAAGCACUCAAUAAGGAUGCUAAAGACCCAGAAACUCUUGCAAACUUAGUUGUAUGCAGUCUUCAUGUCGGGAAAUCAUCUUCACGCUAUCUAAGCCAGCUGAAACUUUCACAUCCAGAUCACGUGCUUGUGAAGCGAGCAGCAUCAGCUGAAGAUAACUUCGAGAGAGCGCUUCAAUCUUUCGCCUGAAGGACCUCAGAAUCCACAGUUCGAAUUUAAAAAAGAGUCUUUAUCACCUGGAAUCGACUGGCUUUAUAAUCUACCAUAAGAACUUCAUAUUCAAACCAACUCUGUCUUGAAAUUAUCGGAAUAUGUAACAGUUUUUUUUUCCAUUGGAUAUGUUGCAUUCACUCUGAUUUCUCACUGAAGCUUUUAAUGUCAUUGAGCUAGAGCUCUUGUUCUUCAA